AUGAACGCAAAUACCUACUUGAUUGCUAUUGUCCUCCUUAUUGCUGCCGCCCAAGCUGUACCCAUAGAGUAUGGACAUUAUCCAGGGCCGCUGUUAGCCCAUGCCCCAGUUUUAGCCCACGCAGUGCAUGCCGAACCUGUGGCAUACCCGAAAUACUCUUUCAACUAUGGCAUUAAAGAUCCGCACACUGGUGACAUUAAAUCGCAAGCCGAAGAACGUGACGGCGAUGUAGUAAAGGGCCAAUACUCGCUCGUCGAACCCGAUGGUUCAGUGCGCACUGUUGAUUACACUGCUGAUGAUCACAACGGAUUCAACGCCGUCGUACACAAAACGGCACCAAAAGUAAUCGCUCAUGCCCCGGUGUUGGCACACGCUCCUCUACUGGCACACGCUCCUCUACUGGCACAUGCGCCUGCUCCGCUUCUGCAUCACUAUUAAAUGGGCUAACGUUUGGCUAAAGGGCGUUUGGAAGAAUUGGAUUUGGAACUUGAAAAAAAGAUCGUUUUAGAAUUGAAUGGAUUUUGGAAUCGAUUAGAAAGUUGUACGUGAUUUAUAACGUCGAGGGGUUGGCCAAACGAUCUUACAAACAGGACAGCCACCACUUCACCACUCGCCACCCAGCCACUUACAAUAUUUGCACACCCACUCACAUACUCAUUAACUCAAUCAAUCAUUGUACUCGCAAUGCAAACGGGUACUUGCAUUUAUCGAAUAAUAUGUUAAGCGAUUUUAAAUGCAACUAAUCGAUAAUUAAUGUUUAAACAAGGGUUUAUUCAAAAGGCGAUGAAAGCGAUUAAAAUGUUGAAAAGGCAGGAAUAGAACAAACAAAUGAAAUGAAAUGAUAUUACAUUCUCUCUCUCACUCACUCACUCUUCGUAGUUUAACAAGUUUAUCGUAUAUAUAUAUGUUUUAUUUUAUUAAACAAAUAAUGUAGAAGAAGAAGAAGGAGUAGUAGUUAUAGUAAUAGUAGACGAAAAUGGAGAUCAUCGUUCAUAUUAUGUAAUGUAGGGACUUACUUUCUUUCUCUUUACUAUACCUUUGUUCAAACAUAGACUUUUUCAUUUUCAACUCUCUUUUACAAACUUUCAAUGCCUAUCUGAUGAGUUAUAUCUUCUUCUAAUCCAAAGAUUUUUUUCAUAUUUUCAAACAGUGAGGUUUAUUUUUAAGCUUGGUUUCGGCUUUCAAACUAGAGAGUGAACUUGUUCACAUAACUGUCACUAUAUUGAGUGAAUUUAGAGUCUAGUAACACAUCCCAUAUUCUUAAGCUAAAACGAGUCCACCUUCUCUAACGAAUUCACUCGUUCAUAAAUACUCAGAAAUGCUUUUUAUAUCCUUUUCUACACUUUUGUAAAAUAUUUAUGUUACUACAUUCUCUAAGACUUUCUAGAUAUUUACUUUCAACACUUACAUCCAAUUUCACGAAAGCAACUUAAAUGAAAAAUUAGUUAAAUUUUCUUGAAUUCAUAUGGAAAUUGACAGAAAAGAAAAAAAAAAACAUUUUCCAUUUAAAGUGCUGGUGAAAUCGGCUAUUAAACUUUCUUAAAUUGGGAAAUGUGUGCUAAUUAGCUUCUACAGCUCUGCUGCAGCUCGUUUCUGUAACAAUUUUCUAC